AGAUAUCCCUGACUCCUGAUGAUGGGCAGCUGCACUUGACGUGCUACAGAAGGUACAGCAAAUUAUUUCUGGGCUGGUGAAACAGGUGAGGGCUGCAUGACAAGACACCCGACAGAAAGACAGCAUGUUCAUUCAACAAGCGAUGGCCCGUAGAGCUUUCACAAGUGCUGUCAAAAGUGCACACUGCCUGUUUACAGGCUUGAAGGCAGGCGAGAGCAACGGAGGGGUGUGGCGCUUCAACACCAGCGAGCUUUGGCAAGGCGCACUGGACUUUGGACGGAGUCUGAGUCUAAAUGCGGCCGCUAGAUCAGAUGUCAACCUUAUCCAACAAACCUCGGAUGGUUUUUCAAACCAGAACUCCUGCCUGGUGACAGGUUUGGGAUCCAUGGAUAAAGGUUUGCAAUCCGCGAAAAGCGUGUUAGCUUCCAAUUCUUAUCGCUGGUGUAGCUCUUGAUGUGACCCAUCCCUUGCAGGGGACAUGGGGGUUUCUUAAACUGGAUCUCCGAAACCAUGGGUUUCAAUACUAAAAUGGUCUAAUUUUGGAUGACUUGGGGGUGCCAAAAUUUUCGGACACCUUCUGGCUGCUUUGCCAAAGCUAAACGUGCAGCUCUUGAUGUCGGACUUGGGCAAGCGUCGGUUGGGAGAUUCUU